GGAUAAUGCCACAAUCCACGAGAAAAAUAGGUAAAUGGGCCUGCGAUGCAUGCAAGCUCCGCAAGGUCAAGUGCUCGAGUGAGUCGCCAUGUUCAGGCUGUGUGACUGCUGGCAUCUUGUGUACCUUCAACAAGCGUCCGUUAGUGCGAGGCCCAAAAGGCUUACGUGCUCAAACGAUCCGGCGGAUCACUGCGACUCAACAGCAGCAACAGCAGCAGCAGCAGCAGGAGCAGCAGGAGCAGCAGUUUUAUGGCUGGGGUAGUAACUCAGGAAGUCCUGGUGAGAGAAGGACGGGUCAGACACCUCCAGCCAUGCCGUCGAGUACACCGUCGCCAUCCAAUGAUACCUACCAGGUCACUACCCCUGAUUCGACUACCCUCCCUUCGAUAAGUCAUAAUAUCGACGAGCCCCACCGGACAUCGACAUCCUCGAUGGUCCUGCGGCUUUGCGUCUAUCGACUGCGCUUAUUUCCAGUAUGGCCCAUUGUUGACGUGGAAGAAGUCAUGGGAAACAUUCACCGCGAUCCCGACAACAUGGCCGCCUAUGCCCUGGCGAAUGCCAUAGGAGCCGCAACCAUCGCCCAACUCAAGCUAGAUAGCCCUGAGAACGGGGACAUGGCAACGGCAGCUUCGAUGGAAGCCGAGUGCCAACGGGCUAUUGAGCUGCUACGGAAAGACGGGGGAGAUUCCAUUAUGGAUAUUAAUGCCUUGCGCGUGUCUUUCUUUUUACAUGUCUACCAUGAGAACCGUUCGCCGGGGGGAUCGAGAUCCUUGCUUUACCUCCGUGAGGCCAUAACCAUUGCCCAAAUAAUGGGCUUGCACCGAGAGGCGACUUACUCUUCUUUGUCGGCCCGCGAACAGCAAAUGAGGCAGCGGAUAUUGUCCCUGCUGUUUAUCACCGAAAGAGGGGUGGCGAUGCUUCAUAAAUUACCCGUCAUCCUGCGGUACAAUGCCCGCUUCAUCAACCUUGACGAAGCCGACGACGAAUCUCAUGUCCUACCUGCUUUCAAGAAGCUCAUGAGUCUCUUCUUAAUGUUCGACCAGUCUGGCGCUUUUGAUAUGCUGCAUAAUUCCGACGAGAUUCAGCUUCCCCCAUACGAAGGCAUGCCCGCCCUGAACCGUAACAGCUUCAGUCUACUCCAAUGUCAGCUGCGAGAGGCUUCAAUUCAACCCAGGGAGACAAAUGUCGUCCAAAUGGCGGAUAUCUGCGUCACAACCCAGUGGAUGCAGGCCAUCUUAUGGAGGGCGUCGAUGAGUCGCAGAUCGACUCUUGACUCGCCACAGCAGCAGACAACCUCACUCUCGCAUCCAAUCCAAAUUGCCAAGGAGUUUCUCGAGACCAUGUCUCACCUUCCUAGCUCUGCGAUAGAGGCCCACGGACCCGCCAUGGAGUACAAGAUCUAUGAGAUUGCGAGGGCCGUGGUCGACUCAAUUACAACAGAAUUCAAUGGCCAGCCAAUCUCACUCGACAUCCCCAGGGCAAUACUCCUCCGACUACAGAGCAAGCUGGCCUCAUGCCGUGGAGGUAAUAAGAUUCUCCUACCGCUGCUGCAUGCUCGGAUAUCAGAGGCCCUACUUCGUCCUAGUCCGCGCGACUACAAAAUUUCCGAUUUUGGACCCUCGUCGAAGCCACUAUCACGGGAUACCAUGCCUUAUUCAAGUCAACAGCCCCAAAUCUUGCCUCUACCAAGUUCGCCGCCCUUAGGAUACGCGGAGGUUUACGAGGAGCAGGGGAACUUAGAAGGACGAGAGCUCCCACAAGAUCCAACCGACAAUGUCUCGACAUUAAGAGUAGUGACUUGGGACCACAACAUCCCCGACAUACUAUUUUCCUCUGAUCAAUAUCCAUUCACUCAGGCCCAGGUAUUUCAAGGAUCAUUUGACAACAUUGACUCCACGGGGACUAUUGAAUUCCUUCUUAACAAUAAUACAAUGUUGGAUUCUGGCGAGAGCUGGGAAUCGCAGUUCUGUGGCGCGGCAGCGGGGUAGCGAGGAUUCUGGUGGCAUAAAUGUAUUGAUAUAACAACUCCCACUUUUGGCUGGAUUUCUAAAAUACGAAGCUGUGUAACAUAUUUCUGGA